UGGCGACAGUAGAUAGAACAUAGACCCGGAGGGUCCGAAUCGUGGGACGCACCAGCCCGGACCGCGUCGCGGAAGCUUGGAAUGUAAGGAGGAGGGCGACAGCUGCGGCAGAAGUGGUGGUCAAGGCAGAAGAUGGCCAAGGAAAGGUGCCUUAAAAAGUCCUUUCAAGACAGUCUUGAAGACAUAAAGAAACGGAUGAAAGAGAAAAGGAAUAAAAAUUUGGCAGAGAUUGGCAAACGAAAAUCUUUUAUAACUGCACCAUGCCAAAUCCAAAUAAUCUCCAACACUUCUACGCUGCUAAAAAACUACCAAGAGAACAACAGAAUGUUAGUUUUAGCUUUGGAAAAUGAAAAAUCCAAAGUGAGAGAAGCCCAAGAUAUCAUCCUCCAACUGAGAAAAGAAUGUUACUACCUCACGUGUCAGCUAUAUGCAUUGAAAGAAAAACUGACUCCACAACAAACAGAAGAAACUGCUCAGAACCAGGAAAUAUGUCCUUCUGGAAUGGACUCCAAAAGUGACAACAACUCUGGGGAUUUAUUUGUGAAGGAUAUACCACAAGUUCCUCUUCAGGAAGCUCACCUUCCAGGACAAGGAGAAUCAUUCCAAACAGAAGAGCAAAUACCUAUUUCUCAAGAUAGACUGGGAUUUGAUUGGGAUUCAGAAGAAGAUAAAUCUGCUGAUAAUAUCCUACCUAGAACUGUAUCUGUUCGUCGAAGUUUAAAGAAACAUUUUAACAAUCUGUCUCAUUUCAAUACCUUGGAAGAUUUUGAAAUCAGUCAUUUCUCAGUGCAGCCCUUUGAAUCUGAAAGAAUUAGAUGUGUAGACCCAUUAGUAAACAUGAAUAUACCUGAAAACAUAGAACAAAGUGUUUGUCAAUGGAAUAAGAAUCAAACUAACUUAUCACUAAAGCUGAUUGACCCAGGAAGACCUGCUAAAGCAAAAGAAAACAUUUUAGAAUAUAAAUUUGAACAAACUGAAAGCAAGCAUAGAAGUGCACAAGGAAGAAAAGGAGAAGAGAAAAGAAAAGCUAAUAGAAGGAGAAAAUCAAAAUCUGUAUCGAAGUAUAAAGGGGGCAAAAGUGAAAAUAAAAAAACUGUUUCCAAAAAAAAGUUGGACGAAUCUGUUACUUCCAGUGAUGCUUACAAUUUUAAUUUGGAAGAGGGUAUUCAUAUCACUCCUUUCCGCCAAAAAGCGAGCAAUGAUUCUAACAGAGAAGAAAACAACAAUGAAUUUGAAGUGAGCGUCUGUGAAUCAAGUGAUUCAGGAGAUGAUUCCGAUGACCUUUAUUUGCCCACUUGCAAGUACAGUCAAGAUGUCUCUAGUGAAUCAGAUAGGAGCCCAGUCACCAGGUAUCGACCUAGAAGAGCACUAAAAUAUAGGAAUGAAAAAGAGAUCGUGGAUUCUAAGCUUACGAAAACUCCUAUCAGUGCACUACCUAAAACUCACCGCUCACCUCAUUUUAGCCUGAAUGAUAUCACCAAUGUCCCCUUGCAUCCUGUAGUGAAAAUCAGAAAACUUUCUCUUUCUCCAAAAAAGAAAGCAAGCCCAGGAGUGUCUCUGCCUAAACGCAGGUGUGCAGUCAGUAUGAAUUAUAAAGAGCCCACGCUAGCUUCGAAACUGAGAAGAGGAGACCCUUUUACAGAUUUGUGUUUCUUAAAUUCUCCGAUUUUCAAACAGAAAAAGGAUUCCAGACGCAGUUCUAAAAAAAGAAGUAUGAAGCAAAUACAGUGACGGAUGCUGUUUGUUGGAUGAUGUUUAAAUCCAUCCUAUUACACCUCCUUUUAUCACUCCGAGAGAGAAUCUCUAAGAUAGUACACAAUAGGGUUGAACUGUUGCCAUGGAAUAUUCUUUGAACUCUAGAUCACGAAAAUUCUUC